AGAUUUGCUAGCACGGAUGAACAGAAGGAAGGACAAAGACAGGUUUUGAUCAAGCAGAUUGAGUUAGCAAGAAGACUGGAUUUGCCUUUGCCUCUCCUUGCUGUGCAGAAAUGUUCAUUCCCGCUCAGCUGGAAGACCAACCAUUAAUCUUUUGAAGGAACAAGGUGCUACAAAGGUGUUGCUCCAUGCAUUUGAUGGGAAGCCAUCUGUAGCGAUGGAAGGGGUGAAAGCUGGAUACUACUUCUCCAUUCCUCCAUCCAUUAUAAGGAGUGAACAGAAGCAGAAAUUUGUGAAACUAUUACCUCUGGGAAGUAUGUGCUUGGAAACUGACUCUCCUGCUCUGGGGCCUGAAAAACAGCUUGGCACUGCAAUUGGCUUUUUGUUGCCACCUGUUUUGGUUCCAAAUACACCAAACGAUAUCGAUCUAAUGGCACAUAACAUCAGCAUCAUGUUCUAUGGAACAGCGAUAGUGUCCACGCUUUUGUUCUUCUUAACAGGAGUUGUGUUUGAAGAAAAGCCCAAAUACCCUCCUAGUCACUCUCAAGCAGUCCUGCAAACUAUGCCUCACGAGGAUUACUCCUACAAGCAAUCGAUUAUUAACUUGUUCAAAAAUAUUCCAUUUGUACUUUUACUGAUCAGUUACGGCAUUAUGACUGGGGCAUUUUAUUCUGUCUCCACGUUGUUAAACCAGAUGAUAGUAACUCAUUAUGAGGGAGAAGAAGUGAACGCUGGGAGAAUUGGCUUGACACUGGUGGUGGCAGGAAUGGUGGGUUCGAUUAUUUGUGGUUUGUGGCUGGAUUACACUAAAACAUACAAGCAAACUACUUUGAUUGUUUACAUUCUGUCUUUCAUUGGGUUGCUGGUAUUUACUUUCACCCUGGACCUCGGAUACCUUAUAGUAGUGUUCGUGACUGGAGGAGUACUUGGGUUCUUCAUGACCGGCUAUCUCCCACUUGGGUUUGAAUUUGCUGUGGAAAUUACAUACCCAGAGUCUGAAGGCACUUCCUCAGGUCUCCUUAAUGCAUCAGCACAGAUAUUUGGGAUUAUCUUUACACUUGUUCAAGGAAAACUCACAACAGACUACAGUCCUCGUGCAGGAAACCUCUUUCUUUGUGCUUGGAUUUUUGUGGGCAUUAUUUUAACAGCCUUAAUAAAAUCAGAUUUGCGAAGACACAAUGUGAAUUCAGGGAUUAUGAAUUUGGACGUUAAAGCUGUACCAGUUGACAGUCCUGUAGAACCUGAAAAUACUACAUUAAAAAUUCAGUCAGCUUUAUAAAACUGAAAGAAGGUGGCUUAGAAACGCACAAGUUUGGAUACUGAACAAUAUUAGUUAGUGUAAUCACUGGAUUUGUGUGUAUGAGUAGUAGAAUGUGUUUGGUGAUAUUGGUGAUAGUUGUGCAGUGGAAACUAUGAAGAUGCUCCGUUCAUUUUGCCCAAGAUGCAAACUAUUCACCUUUGUAUGAAAUAUUUAUUUUAACGGUUUCCAAGUUUUGCAGUUCCGUUAGUAAAGAACUGUGUGAAUACUCUCCACACUAGGGAGACAUGUACAUUCAGGAUGCAUACUUGAAAAAAUCUGGAAUCCUGAAGUACAGUCAUCAUGAUCAGAAGUACCUAAUCUUCUUUUCCCUGAAGAAUUGAGAGAUAGUUAAUUUCUCAUUCAGUCUUUGCUAGUGCAUCUGAAAAAUCUGAGAGUAGGUAGCUGCACAGCUAGAGGAUGUUCACAAGUUCCUUUUUAAAAAAUGUAUCUGUAUUUUUAAUAUAAGCCAACGGUUUCUGCUGGGAAACUGUCUAUAGCACAAUACUGAAAACGAGAUGACUGCAAAUAUGUUUCAUACUGGCAUCUGACAUUUCUUUUGCCUUGUAACUUCUUGAUAGGUAUCAGAAGGCAGAUAAGAGAAAACACUGUUUUACAGAUUCAUUGUAACAUUUCUGGGGAGAUUUAAAGAGUUUCCCACUAGAAAAAUUGCAAAAAACCAUUUCUUAUUAAAUACAGUAAAAAGGAGGAGAAAGGCCUUUGAUACCUCUGCCAUGAAGUAUUUAUGGGCAAUGGAGCACUACCACACAGGUUGCUUCCAUGGAAUAUUUUGAGUGCUUUCUCAGUUAAAGUGAGAGGAGUACGUGUUUACAAAGAGCUGGUGCCUUUACUUUGUAAAGAAGAUCCUUGCCUCAUCUUGAGUUUAAUCAGUGCUGCUGAAGAAAUUCCAUUUUGUGUGUUAAACUUCCUCUGAAUAUUUGUGGAGUAUCAGAAAAUGUGUUUUUGCAUUUAUUUCUCUGCAUUGUGAAUUGUGUCAUUUGUCUUGCAAAAUUUUUAUGCUCGUAUAACUUAAAUUGUGUCUUUCACAGUUUGUUAAAAGCUGUAAGGGUGACUGAAAGGAAAACGGUGAUGUUUCACUUUGAUGAAAUAUUUGCUGUUUAUAUCAUGCAUUGUAGCUACAGAAGGAGCGGACUUCAUUAACGUUCACCUUGUGUUAUUACAUUUAUCUGAAUUUGGGAUGUGGAUUUCUCACUGCAGUGGUUUUGAAAAUAUUCUCCUUUACCUCGUGCUGUAUCUGCACCCCUACACAACUGAUAGCACUACAAUAAUACUAAGGCCCUACAGAUACUGAAGAACUCAGACCUGAGUUAGCAGACUUUUUGCAAACAUUCAAGCUUUAAGUUGAGCCUGCAGAUUCAGUACCAUCAAUGGUGCCAUCUCUUUGAGUUCCCACAGAUGUACCAUCCAGAAGGUGGAAUCUUACCCGAAGUUCUCCACAGAUUGUUACAGUUGGGUAUGGGGAACUUCUUAACUCCAAGACAGUCUUUUGGUAUGAUAGAUAUUGUUAAAUGCUUUUCUUUUUCUUGUUUCACUGUAGAUUUAGAAAAUCCUUUUAUAUAAGAAGGCCCCUGUAAACUUAGCUUUCUAAACUUAGCCUCUAAACUUGAUGAUCUUGAUUUAACAUUUUGUAUGAUAAAUGCUUCAGACACAGGAAGACUGAAUGGCAAUAUAUAUAGCAGAAUAAGGUAGACAUACUUGGAACACUCACCUUUCCAAAAAGGGUCCAUGUCUCUUUGCCAGGUCCAGUGCUAGAGAGAAAAUGGGCACACAUUGCUGGUCCUGGGGAGGCCAGCUGUAUGAGAAGAGUCCUCUGGUGAGGUAGCUGAGUAUAGGAAAAGUAACUCAUACUGUUGCCUGCCGUUUGAAUAUGUAUAGAAGUGGAAGUAGAGAUGCUUUCAUUAUGUCAGUUCUUUACAUUUAAUGACUUGCUGUGAUACAAGCUGCUCCAUUAAGGGAUGUACGUGUUUUCAGCCUGAAUGAGCAAGUGGAAGUUCCUGCCUUUUGAUACCUGUGGGUGGCUUUUCCCUUUGGAAAACGGUAAUAAUGUGUGCCAAAAUAUAUACAUUCUUCUACAAGGUACAGAUUCAGUAAACAUUUGUGUUCAUGGCCCAUGGUUGCUUUGUACUUCCGCUGUUGCAAAAUCUUAAGAAGAUAAUAGCUUUCCAGUUUUGGGGAAGUGUUUUCAAAUAUCCAAUAGAAAGUCUUUGGCAAUAUCCAGAAUGCUUUCUGAAAUGUCCA